UUAAUUUAUUAAUUAAAUUGGUCGAUUUUUGGACAGUUGAGUUGGUGGUACCAACCCACGAAACCAAAAAUCCCUUUUACGUUUCUAGUGCGUUGGUGUUGGUUUAUUCGCUGGAAAUCGUGUAAUUUAGCCUUAAAAUGGGUCGUAUGCACGCACCUGGCAAAGGUAUCGCCCAAUCGGCGCUCCCCUACCGUCGUAGUGUCCCCACGUGGCUGAAAGUGACCCCCGAUGAGGUCAAAGACUACAUUUUCAAGUUGGGCAAAAAAGGCUUGACCCCUUCACAAAUCGGUGUGACUCUGAGGGACUCGCAUGGAGUGGCUCAGGUGAGAUUUGUGACCGGGAAUAAGAUUCUCAGGAUUAUGAAAGCCAUGGGGCUUGCACCUGAUCUCCCCGAGGAUUUGUAUUAUUUGAUUAAGAAGGCUGUCGCGAUCAGGAAACAUUUGGAGAGGAAUCGCAAGGAUAAGGAUAGCAAAUUUCGCUUGAUUUUGGUCGAGUCGAGGAUUCACAGAUUGGCCAGAUAUUACAAAACUAAGAAUGUUUUGGCACCGAAUUGGAAGUAUGAGUCUAGUACUGCGUCAGCAUUGGUGGCUUAAGACUUGAGUGUAUUUUUUACUAAAUAAAACUUUAAACUGG